UCUCCUCCCUCCCCGGUCACUAUACAUUCUGGAGGACUCCUCACACUGUCUAUCACUCAGCAGCUGCACACAGAGAGCUGACAAAUCCUGAGCUCACACCAGCACCAGCAGAAGAACCAGCAUCACCAGCAGUCUUAUUGAAGUCGGGCAGCAUCCUCCAUUGACUGGAGCAGAGCACCAUGGCAGACAGCACUGUCCUCCGCCUGAGCCUCCUAUUGACACUGACAGGAAUUCUCCUUCUCACAUGCAGCUCUGCGCAGAGGGUCAGAGGCAAAAGACAAAAUAUGAAGGUUCGAAUCAACGCUACUGGUGAUACCAUAGUUCUGAAGUUUGUUAGACCCAACCCUGACGUCAAGCUUGAGGGAUACAUCCUAGGCUAUGGUUCCAGCAUGUUCUCCAAACAGUUCAUCCAGCUUCCAGAAAACGGAGAACCCUAUGAGACUGAGAUUGAUGCUGAGCCCAAGUACCUAGUGGCUGUUCAACCUAUCCCAACCAAUGAUGUGAAGAAGCAUUGUACAGGUAAGGUGAACCUGGACAAACCUCUCCACCUGGUGAUCGAUUCUGUUACACCAACAUCAGUGCUCCUAUCCUGGGGAACCUACUUAAAGACACCCUAUGAAGGAAACAUCAUGAAUGACUGCUUGGAGGAUGGGCAUUACACAAUUCGCUACAGAGAGAGAAACCGGAAGUGGAUCUACCAGACCUGCCCUACCUCUGAUACUGUGAUUGACAACCUCAAGCCCAACACACCCUAUGAGUUUGGCAUCAGAUCCAACAAAGACGAACGCAGCGGAGUGUGGAGCAAGCCAGUUAUCCACAACACCAACAUGGGAGACAAAAGCAUGCAGAUAACCUACAAGCCCAACCGAUCACCUUUUGCCAAGACUUUGGCUGGACCGCAUGGCAGUCUGUUCCCACCUCGACAUGCACUCCACAACAAAACUCAGCCAGGACUGUUCAAAAAUCCAGGCUUUAAUGGAGCUCCCAAGACAUCUUUUGUGCCACCAAUGGGCCAACAAGGAACCGUUGCUGCUCCCAGAGCCAAUGAGCCAAAAUGGCCUCAGCUCCCAUUGGAUUCAGACAGCCAUGUUAGAAAUGCCUCAUCUCAGCUGGUGGAGAUUCCUCCCAUACUUCCCAAAAUCCUACCUACUAAACCUUCCCACCCUUCAGUCACCCCCACCCCUUAUUCACUACCCAACGGUGCCUGGACACAGCAUGGACACCCCCAAACCAGGGCACCUAGUGCCACUCAGAUGCCACAUAGUUCCACUGGUAAGAGCAUACGGACUGGCCCGAUCUCUUCUCUUCCACCCAAACCCAACGAUUCAAUCCUAACAGUGACCAGCAGGAACCAUACAUCACUGGGCAGAGACCCUUUUUCUCCUCUCUCUAAUGGCAUAAGACCUUCCUCCCCCAGGCUCGGUGACUCCUCCCGAAGAUAUGGGGCUAACGGUGAACACCAUAAGGGACUCUCUCUUCCCAAACCAGUCAUGUGGUCCAGAGCAAGAAUGGGUUCUCCAGCUGCACGUUUACCUAUUCCAGCAAAAAAGACGAAUCUUGUGGACAAACCAGGAGAAUUAGCAGACAAGAUGACAGACCUGAAUCAGGACAAAACCUCCUUCUUAAAAGUGGUACUGACACCUGUUACAGCGAAACCAUUCAAACCAAAAACAACAUCAGCUUCUGCAGUUAUAGCACCCCACUUUGAGACAUGGGAGAACUCUUCAGUAUUCAGCUCUAUUCCUGCCUCCAAAGUUGAUGCCAUGGGCAAAGAACGCUACAUUGCUCCACAUGUGGUCUAUAAGACGGAUAAAAAGCCAGAUGAACCAUGCUCUAUUACCACCUCUCUGAGUUACUUUCCUGAAGAGGAGGGAGUAGAACAAAAUGCCACCAGUCCGCCAAGAACAGCACCAUCCAACCUCACAGUGGUAACCGUUGAAGGAUGCCCCUCUUUCAUCAUUCUAGACUGGGAAAAAACAGACAAUGAGACCAAAGAAUACGAGGUUAUCUCCACUACUAAAGGACCUGAUGGUGAACAGGUUUCCAUCCUGAUCACAAACCAGACUCACACAGCUGUGGAGAACCUCAAACCAGAGAGCAGUUAUGAAUUCAAGGUGAAGCCCAAGAAUGAGCUUGGGGAGGGGCAGCCCAGCAAACCAGUGUCUUUCAACACAGAGUCUGCGGAUCCACGGGUGAGCGAGAAUGUCUCAGGUAAAGAUGCCAUUUGGACGCAGUUCCCCUUCAAAACUGACUCCUACUCUGAGUGCAAUGGGAAGCAGUAUGUGAAGAGGACGUGGUACCGCAAAUUUGUUGGCAUCCAGCUCUGUAACUCCCUAAGGUACAAGAUCUACCUGAGCGACUCCCUCAAUGGUAAAUUCUACAACAUUGGAGACCAGACAGGUCAUGGUGAGGACCACUGCCAGUUUGUGGACUCAUUCCUAGAUGGAAGAACAGGCACUCAACUACCAGCAGACCAGCUGUCAAACAGGCCAGGCUACUUCAGAGCAAUGAGACAAGAGCCAGUCAACUUUGGUCAGAUAGGUGGAAACUCCCACAUCACCUAUGUUGCAUGGUAUGAAUGUGGAACGCCAAUCCCAGGAAAAUGGUAGGACUCAAGCAAGUGUCCACACAGAACCCAGAAGAGCAACUCUCAUUGGUUGGGAGUUCGGUCACUCCUCAGCCUAAGUCACUAAAGGUCGUACAAUGUAUAAUAGUGUACAGGAUCAAAGAGUCAGGGAAUUCUUUUGAGCGCAUUUGUGAUAUGUAAUAGCAAAACAAUGCCUCAUCUCUUUAUUUAUCGUACGAUAACUAGAGAAAAUGAAAUAAUUCACUAUGAGGAAAACUACUUCAAAUACAUUGAAGUGAUGAAUAUAAAAAGAAAGGAAAAAAAAGACUUGUUUAAAUAUUGGGAAGCAGGCUCCCUGAAACUAUUUUGAUAUUUUGUGUAAUAUUAUUUAUCAAAGUUUGUGGUGACAUGUUUCUUGUAAUGUUUUUUUUUUUUUUAGUGAGGAAGGGCCAGGCUUUGAUUAUGCGCUUAAGCAGUAAAGAUAGCCUGGGCUUUUGUCUAUCACCAGAGGCAGCUGUAUUAGUUUAGUACUGAUAUUGUAAGUCUCUAUGUCAGAUUUAAACUGAAACUCAUAUGUAUAGCUGGGACUCUUUGCUAUGUUGCUUUUACAAACACAUUGUACUAGCAAAAGGCUCAAAAAGUCAGGUUAACCCCACUAACAUAGAAAAAAUGGACACAAGGCGAUGACACGUCUAUGUUUACAACAGGUUGGGAUUACAGGCACAACACAUGCAAAUUAACAUUCAGUCAGAUGCUUGUACCAUGGCUAUGGUCUUCAAUUGUAAGCCCUGGUGAUUUUUUUUGGUUCUAGGUUGUAAGGAAGACCUUACACUUGCAAUUUGCACAGCACAAAUGUAUUUAUAUGUAUAUGGAGAGAGUAUUUUUUCAGGAAACCUAUGUAAGGAUUACAAAUCUUCCCCCUCAAGCUUGUGAAACACAAUUCAAGUCACACCGCUCCAGCCUUCUUAAAAAAAACUCUUUCUUUGAGUGUUAGUCGAGAGAUUUUCAAGGAAUCUUGAAGAUCUGAACAAAGUACAGCUUGUAUGGGUUACAUAUUUUGUACAGUUUUUUUCCCUGCCAAUCCUCAAGGCAGAUUUGAUCUGACUUAUUCAUAUUUUUAUGGAGUUUGUUUGUAAGAUGAUGUUGAUGUUUUUUCAAUAAUAAAUAUCAAAAGUUCUUUUUCUUUUUGUAAGAAAACCAUCUGUGUCCUAUUU